CGAUUAUGCGCAGUGAGUCAUGAUACGUGCAUGCUGUGGGGUUGUCUUCUGAAACUUUAAAGCAAGUUGUGCGUGCUGUAGAUUGUGUACACGCUUUCGGCUGCUGUAACAGGACGCCAUUUUCCUAAUGCCAUCUCGCAAGCACAUUUAUGCCACAAAGAAAGACCGACGCAGAUCAACAUCUUAAGUAGACGUUCAGUAUGGAAUCCAGACUCAUUUUUACCAGCCUUGUUCUUACGGCGGUAUACGCUGCCGAACUGCGAGUGAAACCGUCCGAUUCCACAGUAACAAUCGGCCAGCCGCAUACUUUUGAAUGCAUUAUAGCGGGUGAAUACCAGAGAGGCAAGCAGCAUGUCUAUUGGGCGUGGACUGGACCCCGGAACCAACAGAAAUUCCUCAGUGUGGAUAGGACACUUUACCCGGCCGUGGAUGCCGACAAACGGAGCCGAUACAGCAUUACCGGAAACAUGAACGAAGGGGAGUUCAAUCUUCACAUCUCGUCGACGACAGCAGAUGAUCAAGGUCAGUUCCGGUGUAUCAUGUACGAUUCCGGCCGUAGCGCCCGAGCUUCUGCGAUGCUGAGCGUCCAGGAACUCCACCUUCCGCAUCAGGGGUAUCCCAAGUGUUCCAUUACCCCAACCAAUCCACAACCUGGGGAGUACGCGACGUUCUCGUGUAUCUCGGCAGGUGGCAAUCCGCCGGCCACGCUCUCUUGGGCACGGCGGAAGAAAUCCGACAUUCCGGCUCACCACAACUCGACCGGUCAACAGACGGGAGCGUACUUGCACCGGCUCCUGACUGGCCACGACAACAAUGUGACAUUUACAUGCUUCUCUAGGUCCGCACACUCUGCAGACUUUGGAAGCUGUACCGUGGUCCCCUUUGAGAUUCCUACUCAUGUCACCAUCAUGCCUCCACAGAUGGUCGCAGUAGGCGACUAUGCCGAAUUCUUCUGCCUGGCCACUAGCGUGCCGUCUUCCAUUAAAUACCGGUGGUUUGUGGGAAAGGGACAGUCCAUGACUAAAGUGACAAGGACCAAGGGACGUUUCGUCUUAGCCAACGAAGGAGCAUCUCUACGAAUACUGAACAUCACUCAAGAUGACAACGGGAUGCCGGUGCAAUGCGUAGCUAGAAACCCGCUAGACAUCAAAGGAAUGGACGAGGAUAUAGUCCGAGUUGUGGUCCAACGGAACCCCAUUCCUACGGUAACUACCACUAAACCCCUACUAAGAAGCACCAAAGCCACGCCCACCACUUCAACACCGUUUGUUCCUCCGCGAACAUCACGAAAGACUUGGAUGCAAACCUUGACAGUCCAAGCUACCGAGUUCCAGACCCCAGCCCCACCCAAACUCCCUCCGCUACGGACUGCGCCAAAACGGGUCCCGGAAUCACCCAAACCCAAAAAUUCGGCGGCAAUUAUCCCAGUCACUACCAAUGAAGUGGAUGAACCUGUUUCUCCGUCACCACCUCUCGAGGAUGAUACUACCAGACAACCCCCGGACUCUGUCCAGCAACCCGGCCCAAAUAGUAAGGGUUUCACCGCCGGUGCUGCAGUGGGAUUCACGAUGCUCAUACUUAUCGUUUUUGUACUGAUAGGAAUUUUGAUUAAAAUCAAGAUUGUGGACAAACAAGAAAAACCCGCCGAGAGAAAGACUCUACGUCCGGCUUACAAGCCUCGUAUAGACAAGCUGGAUAUUGUUGUCUUACCCAACACUGCCCAGGAAAACGAUAGCAACACGAGCGAUGUUCAGCGGUCUAGCAGCGACGAUGCCCCUCGUAGCAAACAUAAGCAAAACAGCGUGAAGUCCGAUAAGUCACCCAGACGAUCAUCCUUCGUGCAUCCUGAUUUCCUGGAGCAACUAGCAUCUACGAUCCGGUCCAAGAGUCACUGCUCAACAAUGUUCAAGAGGGGAUCGAUCAGCUGGCGAAAGAGGAAAGCCUCCACCCUGGACCGACCGUCUGCCGUCAAAAGCGAGUCUUCACUGGCUGAAGAAGCCACGAGCACGGUCAAGCGGUACUCAGCGUUCUUCAACGCCGUACCAAAAGUGCCGAAUGAAGAGGUUCCAGUUGCGAGUCCAAGGAAUAUCCAGACGCCGGAAUCUGUCUACGAGAACACUGAAAUCGGUUUGAAGCUGCAGGAAGAGGCGAAUCGAUUCAGCAGGGAGUCUCCAUACGAGAAUACGCAAUACCCGAUGAAUGAUACGGCGCUCUCUUCAGAUCCUGACAAUCGCAAGAGUGAAGCUAGUAGCUUGUUGAAUCUGGUGUACGCCGAUUUGGACUGGACGGGGUUCCCCUCCCGACAUGAAGACGUCAACGAUACUGAAGAAAGGACUGAGUAUGCGGCCAUUAGAACCUCAAAGGUUCUAGACCACAGUGUCAUGCCGCCUGGCCAUUGCUGUACGCGGCGGGCUAUGGUUGAAGUAGCCGUCCAUGGCGCAGGGGGUGGGGCUUGGCUAAAUUACGGGACUAUAAUCAACAAGGCUCCAUCUCAGAUUUCAACCAUGGUGUGCAGUGUUUUAUCCUCUGCAGUGCAGUUACUCGUUUUGAUGUUGAUCAGCAGCGGGACUAUUUCAGCUACAAGCCCGCUACGAGAGAACCCUACCGAUGCUUUCACCACGCCGGGCUCUAUCGUCGUUUUACGGUGCGCCGUAGACAACCGCCCCGGUCAACCCGAGUACAACGUGUAUUGGUACCGUCACAGCCCCAGCAAUGCAUACCUCACUAAGGGUACUCGAGUGUUUCGGCAGUCUUUUCGUUCGGGGACUAUGUGGCAGAGACUCUCAGUGAUUGGGGAUACAUCGGCAGGGGAGUAUUUCCUCCAAAUACGGGAUGUCGGGAUGGAGGAUGCUGGUGAAUAUGGCUGCGUCUACUUCCAAGGAGAUCGAUAUUUGGGAGAGUCACGAAUUGCCACAAUAACUGUGUAUGAACCUCCUGAUGAGGGGUAUCCCAGAUGCAGUAUGGAACCCAGUGGGGUAAACCUGGAACCGGGGCAGAAGGUAGUGCUUACUUGUAUAUCAGCAGGGGGAGAUCCUAGACCCCGAUUAGACUGGAUGAGUUGGCAUGAAAUUCUGCCAGGGAGAGUUCAGGAUGAUCCCCCUAAAGCCACUUAUGAACUUCAGCUGAUGGAGACUGACAAUGGGGCAGUGUUCACUUGCGUUGAGAACACUCCUGCCACUCCACAGCUUGCAAGGACUUGCAGUCUGAAGCCCUUUCAUCGGCCGACCAAUGUCUCCAUAGUCACUUCCCCCGUUCAUAUAGGAGAAGAUGCUGUCUUCAGCUGUACGGCUGCUGGCAUCCCGAUCAUCUCCAAUUACACCUGGACAAUUGCUGGGCAAUCCCCAGAGAAGUUUACUUCUGCCUCCGGGGAGAAGGUUGUCGUUGAAGGCAGCAACCAGAUUUUACGAAUUGUGAAUGUGCUUGCAGAAGAUAACGCGACCAUUGUCAAGUGUUACGCCAACAAUGAGGUCAAUGAGGAAGGAGUAGCCAGUACUGAGAUACUAAUCGCCCAGCUUCUACCGAGUUUUCCAAGUGGUAAAAAUAUGAGUCCUCGGGAUAACAACGAUGAAUCUGGGGUCAAUGCUGGCAUCGUUGUGGGUUCUGUCCUUAUCUUGCUGAUCUUGAUUGUCGUCAUCAUCAUCCUGGUGCGGAAACUUCUCUGUCUCAACAGGAAGAGAGCACCCUCUGGAGAACAAGACCCUGAAAUCCAGGAAGCAGAGAGCCAACCCUUAAAGACUGAACUAGACGAGACUCCUCCACCUGUCGUCAAUAUACAGUCCAAUCCCAUUCACCGUCCGGUUACCAUCUGCCUGACGCCCCGGGAUGCUAUCGUCGAACAUAUACGAGAGACGGAAGAAGCUGGAGGUGAGCCCAUUAGACCACCUGACAAUACCUCCCGAGUAACUGUGGUGGGUCGGCUUUCCUGUGCAGGAUUGACAGUUGAUGUUGGAGACAUUGCAGCAAUGUACUCCAGGCCAGUCAAGAAGACAGAAGCUCAAAAACAAGCUGAUGUUGUCCCGGAUCCAGAACCCAAGGACUCCAAACCUAAACCCAAACCCAGGCCUGCUUCUAAACCACCUCUCCUACCCAAACCCAAACUCCUUCCGAAACCAGGAACACCAUCACCUGUCAAACCAAAAGAGGAACUGGUGAGUCCAAAAGAGGAGGAACAGCCAGAAGAAGAUGAUGAAGAGGUCAUUUAUGAAAACACUUAUCGUAGACCAGACAUCACCAUGGACCUAGGCGAGGAAAGUGAUUCUGUAAAUUUAUAAAGAACAAAUCCUCCGGCUUGCAUGGGAAGCAACUAGAAUUGUUUGAAGAUCCAAAUCCUCCCACUGGAAAGAUAAGUAACAUCAGAAAAAAACUUUUAAAAAAGUGCAUGAAGUGAUAUUGGAAAGAUACAUGUGCCCUUGUAAACUCAUUGUACAACUUUGUUAAUACUUGUAUAUAUCUAAAAAGUCAUUUAUCCACAUAAAAAGGGCAUAAUAAUAUUUUCAUAAAUGUCUUUUUUUUCUCGAAAAAAAGGUCAUCACUCUUGUGAUAUGUAAUUGCCGACUACGUGUAUUUAUAGUUACGUGUAUAUAUAGUUACUUUUCUCUUUUGUUGAAUACUCACAGCCGUGUUAAUUUUCAUUAAUUCAAGAAAAUGCACAAUGAAAAAUCAUGCUCAUUGCAAAUAUAUAUACAUAAUGCCAUUUUCAUGAUAUAGGCCAAUAGCGCCUUAACAUGCUAAAAAAGAAAUUCCAGUUUUGAAUCGAACAUGGUAAAUUAUUUCUUUGAAACAGAGAGACAUCUCAAUGUCCCUGUUACUUUGUGCCUAUAUGUUACAAAUAUGCUUCAAUAGAAAACGUCAAUAAUAUAACUGUAAGUAAUCUUAGUUUAUGCAUGUUUACAUGUAAUGUUUACAACGUUGAACCGUACGGUUUCUUUACCGUUUUUCAUAUUUUUUUUAUAUCAAUACUGAUGCAGCAUUAAGAUCAAACGAUUGAUUUCUAGUGCCUUUGAUUUAUCGAGAGAAAAAAAGUUUGUAGUGCAAGGCACCAUUACUUAUUAUAAACAACAUGCGCUUUCAUUUUCAAACGGAUUUCCUUUAUAACUUCUGUUUUUAUAGGCAAGCACAAACUAACAAGUGCUUGUAAAAAGGUCUGCUGGAAAUGUUUUUUUUUUACAAGGUACUGACUUUUACUCUCUAUGGAUGUGGUCCUAAAGUGUUCUGUAUUUGUGUUGAAUCGUUAACAACAUACCAUAGCAGUAUUGAGACCCACAAUAGUUGCUUCUGUGACUUUUAACUCCAUCGCAAAUCUGUGUAAUCAGGUGCGAUCUGUAGAUAGUUUAUCCACUUGACAAUGGACUGUUCAAACACUAUUUCCUAUUCCAGCUUGUCAAGUUUCCUCAAACACUUGACAUGUUUGUUUAUUUACAACACUUACACUACUGGUGUGUGGACUGAGCUUCGGGACCAAAAACAUGUGUUUUGGUUUUUAAAUAGGUGAGGUGGUUAACAUGUGCAAGAACAAAGUAAGGAUCGGCUCUAGUAGAGGAAAAAUAUACGUUUGGAAUUUUUGGCAAAAUGUUUUAUGCAAACAUUUGUUUUGUACAUUAUUUUGUAUUUAACCAAGGUUUUCACAUCAAGCAUUGCAUGUAAUUGUUUAAACCUGUCUGACAUAUUGUAGUUUCAAGUCGGUCUUUCAUUUAUGUGCACACUGCUUAUACGUGCGCGUGGAUCAUCGGUUAUGGGAUAUGGCUACAUAUUGUGGGUUCUCUCUUGAUAAAGGCAAACCCUUAUCUUAGGAUAUUGAAGAAUGAUUGCCCUGUGCUGUGCUGGAGGUCAUGACCAUUCAAGGUCCCCCGUGCUUUUGCAACAACUGGAUGACGACUUGCAUUCGUCAAAUUUAAAUGACAUUUGGUUGUGUGGGCACGGGCAGUAAAAUUUUAUUAUAUUAUAAACAAACUUUGAUGGUAAAUAAACGUUUUCGUUGAAAAGACACCAUAGUAUUUGGUAAUAGCAAAGCCAUCGUGUUUGGCGGAAGUGAUAGUCCUCCGUAAAGCCAAUUAACCUUCGAAUGUAAAGUUUUAUGAAUAGACAUGUCUUUUGUACAUCAAAUAUUGCCGUUGCUUAGAAUAGUUAGAUAUCAAAGCUCACGUUAAAUUUUCAGGAUUCCUCUACAUCUACUUCAAUAAGUGAUGCACAAAGUUGGCUUCCCAAAUUUUUCCUCAAAUUGUUUCAUUUUGGGCAUAUCAUGUACAUGUGUUGGCCACAGGAACGUCCAGAUAUGGCAAUUCUGUAAUGUGUUUACCUUUGAUGUGAGUGCCCCUUUAAUAUUUCUACUUAGCCUUUCCCUCGUGCCUUUUACGACCCUCGACUCAUGCAAUUAUAUUCAAGGUUUGGUCCUAAGUAAACACGGGGAAAACUGCUACACUGUCACACAAGGGUACUAUUGUGUGAUCAGGGUUCAGUUGGCCAACCCUUAUUUUAGAGGUGUGUUCGUUUAUGUAGGCAGUCUGUUUUCCUUUUCGUCCAUAUGCUGCGCCCCCAAAGCUAAUGCUUUGUUCAAACGCAGAAUUUUUUUAUUUUUUUUGUCAGUGUGAUAUUAUUACGUUCUCAACCUGUUUGGUGCUAUUUGUAUAAUGUACAAUAAUUCAACAACUCCUUAAUCAUGAUGGUGCUAAUAUAUCAUUCUAUGAAUAAAUAAUGAUUGUUAUUGUGCCCUUACUA